AUGGAGCAACCACUGUCGGACAUGGCGUUGGAUGAGGGUGUCUUCGAUUUGCGUCAAGAGAUAGCACGCAGUGCCUUUGCAGAUAUGUGCCAUGAUUGGGAACGGAAUCAAAAGUAUGACCAGGCACUAAGGAUAACUAUCACUCGUUUUCAUGCUGCAGGCAAAAAGGCGCACGUACUCGACAUUGGUACGGGUAGUGGGUUGCUAUCGAUGAUGGCCGUUCGAGCAGGUGCUGAUAGCGUUGUAGCUUGCGAAGCGUUCAGUCCAAUGGCUGACUGUGCGGAAAAGAUAAUCGAGGCCAACGGAAUGCAGAAGUCCAUUCACCUAAUAAAGAAGCGUUCAACUAAGCUAAAAGUUGGCCCUGGAUUGGACAUGGAACAUCGAGCAAACAUUCUUGUGACUGAGCUGUUUGACACCGAGCUGAUCGGUGAGGGGGCCCUUGCAACCUAUCGACAUGCCUUAGAGCAUUUGCUAACAAAGGAUGUGGAGACGAUACCACACAAAGCGACGAUCUAUGCGCAGCUAGUUGAGUGUCCACUAGCUCUUAGCUGGCAGCAGAUAAAAACUCUCUCAAACGCUGAUGGAGAUAUCUUGUUACGUGUACCACCGGAAGUAGCUGAUUGCCGUGGGUCAAGCGCUGUUUUCGACAUCCAACUAAGCCAGUUGCCCACAGGCAGCUUUAAUACAUUAACGGAACCGAUACCGGUGUUCGAGUUUAACUGGGCCAAGCAAGAUGAGUUACCGAUGGAUCGAUGUAGGAAAAAUGUUUGUCACGCACGCAUAUCCGCAUUUCCACAAGCUGUGUUCAUGUGGUGGGAUUUAGUAAUGGAAAAAGAAGAUCAAGUAAUGCUAAGUUGCGCUCCCUAUUGGGCUCAUCCGGACCAUGCGCAACUGAAGCAGAAAAGCACCGACCAAGCUACAGAACGACGCAUACCAGAAAGUAAUCUUAUUCCCUGGCGUGAUCACUGGAUGCAGGCAGUAUACUUUCUGCCACCGACAAAAAUACCCCUUAAGCAAGGACAGCAGUUUGUUCUGCAAUCGUACCAUGACGAGUAUUCACUUUGGUUUGGCCUAGGAGAAGAAACAUCGACGCCACUUAGUCCCCCAUAUUGCACGUGCGGCUGGCACAUUGCGCAGUCGCGAUCGCGUAUAGGGCAGCUUAACGACAGCUUACGGAACAAACGGUACCUCAAUUACUUUGAGCGAGUUUUUUCAAGCGAUUCCGUUGUCCUAGUAUUGAGUGAAGGCUCAUUGCUUGGAUUGGCCGCAGCUCGUAUGGGCGUAAAGCAGGUGCUUUUGUACGAACCAAAUACAAUUUCCCGUCGGUGUAUGGAAGCAUUUAUACAACACAACAAUAUACAAAAUGUGCAGUUGAUUCAUUCUGCAGAUGCACUCGAACCAGAAGGAGCAGGAACGGUAACGCACGUGUUUGCUGAACCGCACUUCCCAUCAGCUAUACUGCCCUGGGACAACUUGCACUACGGAGAUAUGCUGAAAAACGUUAAACCAUUGCUGCCGGCCUCGGUGAUGGUGAUUCCCGGCUCCGGAACACUAUAUGCACUGCCAGUGGAAUUUUUGGAUCUACACAAAAUAUCUGCUCCGCUCGGUACUUGCGAAUCAUUCGAUUUGUCCAUGAUGGAUCGUUUGAUUGAACAACACUCGGCGUACGCUGACUCCCCUAUUGAAGCGCAACCACUUUGGGAGUACCCGGCAUAUCCUCUAUCCGGUGCAAUUCGCUUGAUGGAUAUUGAUAUUGUAAAAGAAUUUGGUCAAACAAAGCUGGAGAAGGGAGAAAUAUUUUUGGAUAAACCUGAGCGGUUGAAUGGAAUUGCGAUAUGGAUUGAAUGGCAUUUAGAUGAAAGCCAUAGCCCGAAAACAACCAUCUCCUGCGGACCACAGAUACCAGUAGAGGAGGCCUCUCGCGAGCCAGUACGAUGGAAUGUUAAUUUUCGUCAGGGAGUUCAUCUUUUACGGAAGCAUCCGAAUCAUAAAGCAGUUAUUCCUUGGGCAGUUAAAUUUAACCCAAUGUUGGGUAAUGUAUAUUUUCAGUUUGAUUAUAUGGAUGAAGUUGAAUAA